CCCCUCUCUUCAAAAACCUCUUAUCCUUUGAAUUCUCACUCACUCUCAACUCAAUUCAAUUCAAUUGUAAUCUCUCUCCCUCUCACCAAGCAAAGUCCCACAUAUCCACUGGGAGGUGGCCUCUCCACCGCCUAUGGCCACCGCCUCGCCCUCCCCGGUCGAUGCCCCAGCUGUCAUGAACCAACCGUUUGUCGACGACUCGGCCGAUGACCUACGGAGCCUCAGCUUCAAUUCCACCGCGACGGCAUUCGACACUGUGAAGCGCAGUCCAAGCUCGGGGUCCGAGACGACGUGGACCGCCUCGAGCGACUCCGCCUCGUUCGCCAAGCCCCAUGCGCCCUCCGACGACCCGCGGUGGGACGCGAUCCGGCGUGUGAGGAAGGCCCGCGACGGCUCCAAGCUCAGCCUCAGCGACCUCCGGUUCAUGUACCGACUCGGGAGCGGCGACAUCGGGAGCGUCUACCUGGUGGAGCUGAAGGGCGGCGGCGAGUGCAUGUUCGCCGCGAAGGUGAUGGACAAGAAGGAGCUGGCGGGCAGGAACAAGGAAGGCCGGGCGAGGAUAGAGAGGGAGAUCCUGGAAAUGCUGGACCACCCCUUCUUGCCCACUCUCUACGCCACGCUGGACUGUCCGAGGUGGUCUUGCCUGCUGACUGAGUUCUGCCCCGGCGGGGACCUCCACGUCCUCCGGCAACGGCAACCAGAGAGGCGGUUCAGCGAGUCGGCCGUCCGAUUUUAUGCGUCGGAAGUGGUGGUUGCAUUGGAGUACCUACACAUGAUGGGGAUCAUCUACCGCGACCUCAAACCCGAAAACGUCCUUGUCCGGUGCGACGGCCACAUAAUGCUCACGGACUUCGACCUUUCGCUCAAGAGCGACAACCCUGCAUCGACAACGGCUCAGCUCGUCUCCGAUCAGGGCCCGCAGGCUGCGGACCCCGCCGGGGACAACCCAGCUGAGCCCCCUCCGUUUGCCAACUCGUCAUGCAUCAUCCCCAAUUGCAUAGUCCCCGCCGUGCCGUGCUUCCACCCAAAGCGCCGGCGCAAGAAGAAGCCCAGUGCCCGGGGAACCCUUGAGAUCGUGGCCGAGCCGAUCGACAUCCGGUCGAUGUCCUUCGUCGGGACGCACGAGUACCUGGCGCCUGAGAUCGUGCUGGGGGAGGGGCACGGCAAUGCGGUGGACUGGUGGACGCUGGGGGUCUUCAUCUUCGAGAUGUUCUACGGGGUGACGCCCUUCAAGGGGAUCGACAACGAGCUGACCCUGGCCAACAUCGUGGCUCGGGCCCUCGAGUUCCCCAAGGAGCCAUCGGUCCCGGGGCCGGCGAAGGACCUGAUGGCGCAGCUCCUGAUCAAGGACCCGGGGAGGCGGAUGGGGUCCACGAUGGGGGCCCCGGCCAUCAAGCACCAUCAGUUCUUUGCUGGGGUCAAUUGGGCAUUGCUAAGAUGUACAAAGCCACCCUACUCUCCAAGGCCGAUUGAUUACAAGGACUUGGUGCAAGCGGAUAGCAGGGCUGAUAAUUCGGUAGAGUACUACUAGGGAAAAUCAAACUAAACGAGGAUGUAAUCGAGCAAAUUCCUAGGCUUGUUUUCUCAUACUUUCACAGCUCAUUCGAUGCAACCACGAGUCAAAUCACAUUGGGCUAGAAGCAUGCCUCGGAUGCCAAUCCUGAUCGGAGUAAAGUCGGGAGACCCACUGCCCUUCUUAUCUCCGUUUCUAGUCUUGUCCACGUCCCUCUAAAAGAAACUUUUUAGGACAGGUGGGGGCUUCAAUCUUUAGGACUCUCGAUAAUGUCAAUCAACUUGGGAUGAUGACGCAAGAACGUGUUGUUUUGCAAGGUUGACGGGGAAAAUAGUCCCAAAAAAUCAUAAGUUUAUUGUACGAUCGUUAAUUUAGUCUUAAAAUUUUUAAUUA